UCCCGUCCCGGCGGGCGCGGCGCUGAGCCGAGCUGAGCUGGGGCGAGGCGGUGAGGCGCGGCGGCCUUGAGGGGGGUUCCCGAGGGGCCGCCGCCGCGCUCCGCAGAGGCUUCCCGUCCCGCGGAGGGCUCCGGGGGUGCCCGGCGCUGCCGCGGAGCCCGGCCUGACGUCAGGCGAGCCCCGGGUGUCGUGGGACGUUUUACUAUCAUCGGCCUAAAAGGGUUGCAGGUUGCUUGGACAUCCAGGUCUCUUUAGCUACAGCUGGGCUGGCUGGAACUGCUCUUGGCUAGAAACUAUGAAGAAACAUUGUGCAUAAAACUUCUACAUGACUGAGGACAUGGCAUCUUCAGCAAACCUAGAUGUCGGGGCCCAGCUAAUUGUGGAAGAAUGUACCGGCAGCUACAGCCUUCCGCCCAUGCCGGACAUUAAAGUGGAGCACCAGCUUGACUCCAGCACAGAGGAUAGUCCAGCUCAGAGUGUCGCCAUGGGAAUGAAAUUCAUUUUGCCCAACAGAUUUGACAUGAACGUCUGCUCACGAUUUGUGAAGUCUUUGAAUGAGGAGGACAGUAAAAAUAUUCAAGACCAAGUUAACUCUGACCUUGAAGUGGCAUCUGUCUUAUUUAAAGCUGAAUGCAACAUCCACACUUCUCCUUCCCCUGGUAUCCAAGUAAGACAUGUUUAUACUCCAUCAACUACUAAGCAUUUCUCACCAAUAAAACAAUCAACUACCCUAACUAACAAACACAGGGGAAACGAAGUCUCUACAACACCUCUGCUUGUAAACUCUUUAUCAGUUCAUCAGCUGGCUGCUCAGGGAGAAAUGUUGUAUCUGGCCACACGUAUUGAACAAGAAAAUGUAAUCAAUCAUAAGGAUGAAGAAGGAUUCACCCCUCUGAUGUGGGCUGCAGCUCAUGGGCAAAUAGCAGUAGUGGAAUUUCUUCUCCAGAAUGGUGCAGAUCCUCAGAUUUUGGGGAAAGGGAGAGAAAGUGCCCUCUCACUGGCUUGCAGUAAAGGAUACACAGAUAUCGUCAAAAUGCUGCUCGACUGUGGAGUUGAUGUCAAUGAAUAUGACUGGAAUGGAGGCACACCUCUACUGUAUGCAGUACAUGGGAACCAUGUGAAAUGUGUAAAAAUUCUCCUUGAAAGUGGUGCUGAUCCAACUAUUGAAACAGAUGCUGGCUAUAAUUCCAUGGAUUUGGCUGUAGCCCUUGGCUAUCGGAGUGUUCAACAGGUUAUUGAGUCUCAUUUGUUAAGGCUACUUCAAAAUAUCAAGGAGUAAUGAUUCGCUCUUCUGUGGGUGUCAGUUCUUGGCUUGGAGAGUUGAAUGGCUUUAUGGCCCUGUAAUCAGUGACAAGGGUUGGUUGUUUUGUAACUUUACCUCAGUUGAACUAUUCCCUGGUUUUAGUUAAGCUUUUUUAAUAUUCUUCCUCAUCUUUCAUUGUUGCUCAUAGAAAUAUGCAAUGUCAUCAUUUUCUUAAAUGUAUUUUUUAUAAUUUUAGAAGUAGUAGUCAGUUGUCAUGCAUGAAAAACUUUGUAAAUAAAACCAGUUUUAACCAUCGAAAUGUUUACACUGAGUGCAGUGGGUGGCACUGUGCCAAGUGUCCUACUUCAUCACAUCAUCGAUACAUAUUCAAAGACAGACAUUUGUUUAGAUACUGUGGUAUAUCACCCUAGUAGAUAGAUGUCUUUACUGUUAUAAUACCAAAAUGUGCACCGUGUGUGAUUGGUUUUAAGAUCCCCAGUUAAUAUUAAUGUGUCAACUUUUGGCUUUGUCCAAUUUUUAAGAAGUUGGUAAUAAACUGAAGAACUUUGAUGAUAUCAGUGAUUAUUAUAGUGAUAACUCCUACCUGAUUUCUUUCUGCCUGCCUCUGCUUUCCUGGUGUAGUCCUGAAACAACUAGGCCAGAGUGUCCUAGGUAGAAAUGUCUCUGGUAUAAGGAAACCUAAGUGCAAGUGAAGAAUUCCUAGCUCCUAAAUAUCAUUCCUGCAGUGGCUGAAAGCAGACAUCAGCUACAUGGGAAGAGAAGCCAGAGCCUACUGCAUCCCAGCCCUCUUCAGUCAAAGUAUGGUCCUUUGCAUCACAGAAUCACAGAGUAUCUUGAGUUGGAAGGCACCCAUAAAGAUCACAGAGUCCAACUCCCUGAUCCUUACUGGACUACCUAAAAUUGAACCAGCUGACUAAGAGUGUCAUCCAGAUGCUCCUUGAACUCUGCCAGGCUUGGUGCCAAGGCCUCUUCCUUGGGGAGCCUGUUCCAGUGACCGACCACCCUCUCCGUGAAGAACCUUUUCCUAAUGUUCAAUCUGAACUUCCCCUGACGCAGCUUCAUUCCCUUUCCUGGUCACCAGAGAGAGGAGAUCAGCACUUCCCCUUCUGCUGCUCCCCUUAAGGAAGCUGUAGGCCACAAUGAGAUUGCCCCUUGGCCGUCUCUUCUCCAAGCUCAACAAAGCAAGCAACCUCAGCUGCUCCUCCUGUCUUGUGCUUGAGACCUUUCAACCACCUUCCUCAUGCUCCUCUGGACACCCCCCAAGCAGUUCAGUGUCCUUAGAUUGAGGCACCCCAAGCUGCACACAGGACUUGAGGUGGGGCCUCACCAGUGCGGUGCAGGCUGGGACGAUCCCUCCUCUCGAGCGGCUGCCUGUGCUGUGCUCGAUGCACCCCAGGACACGGUUGGACCUUUUGGCUGCCAGGGCACACUGCUGACUCACAUUCACCUUGCCAUCAACCCAGACCCCCAGAUCUCUUUAUGCAGGGCUGCUCUCCAGUCUCAUGUCCCUCAGUUCAGGGGAAUGUGCUGGUGUAACUGUUUAUAGUUAUAACAGCAAUUACGAUUUUGGAAUUAGUUGAAAAAUCAAGGCAAUGUUAACUGAUUUUCUGGGACCCCUGCCCUUCCUCAAAACUACACCGAGUGGUGAGACAUGAUAGCUUUGCACAAAUAAUAGCUAAGCUUUUGAAAGAGACUUCUCAUAAGCCUUUCCCCUGACGGUACCUAUGGAUCCCCCAUGUGUUGCUCACGUGUUUCCAUAGGCAUUUCUCCGUCGUCUCCACUAGAGGUCUGGCAUCUAGUCACAUACAUGCACCCUUCAUCAGUGACUGUCUUCCCCAGUCCCUGGGUACUGAGCCCAAUCCAAUUUACUCUCCACCUAGAGUUCACAAGACAUGAGUGAACCCAGGUAAAUUAUUACAUUCCUGGUAUAGUGUCUCCACCGUGUUUAAUUUUUCUAUUUGACAAUCAUUCCACACACAAAGGAAAUCAAUACUGUUUAAAGCACGUGCACUGUGAUUCUGACCAAAGGUACUAGAAGUCUGGGUUAUAAUCCAGCUGAGUUCUUUGAGUCAGAGCCAGAGAAAUAAUUAAUUCAAAAUGCUAACUUUGUUAUUUCAAAGUGACUCAAUAUACAAUAGGUGAAAUGUAGAACUGAAACAUCUGUGGUAUACAGGUCUAAAUCAGGUCAGAAUUAACCUCUAAAAGGUUGGUUGUGUGAGAGCCAGUCCAGAGAUCCAUUUCUUUCAUGAAGCUGAAAUGUGAAAUAGAGUGAACCUUAAGGGAGGUGAAGCAAGAAAAUGUAACUGAUAUUGCAGGUGUUGGUGAAAUCCUUGCUGCAUUUAAGUGAGUAUUAUCUGUCUUCCAGGCUUUGACAUGUAUUUUUAUGUAGGGUUUGCACUAGUUUUACUAUAUUAUGCAUGAUUAAAGCAGAUGAAAGAAACAGUAAAUCUGACAUGCCUUGGAAGCAAGAGAAGGAAACUGUUUCAUAAUCAAAAUCUAGAAAAAUAUGUCUUAUUGUAGGUAAUUUUAAAGUAAUGUGAAGUGGCAGUUACUGUAAGGUUGCAUAUUAGAAAUAUUGAGAUUUAAUGGCCUUUGUAAAAAUCAAAUGUUAAAUUUCCAUGUUUGUUGAAAAGCAAUGCAAAUAAAAUGCAAACUCUGUUUUCUUGAAAUAUCAUAACCUGAGCUAUUUCUGAUUAAUUUUUAAAACAUCUUAUGUAUAGACAUGCUAUAUAAGUAUGCAUAAGGAAUAGAAUUUCCUUUUUCUGUAUUGUCACAGGAAAGUACUUGUUCUAAUUUAUGAACCCUCAAUAUCUGCUUUGUAUUUUGUCUUGAACUUCGGUCAGCGUUGAGUUAAUAUAUAGGAAAUAAACUAUUGCCUGAAAACAUA